AUGCCGACGGUGCAGAAAGAUGCCAAGCGCAUGGCCCUCCUCGAGGAGUUUUACAAAGAAAAGGUGUCAUGGAAGGCCCUACGUGAAGAAAGGUUUCUAGCUAUGGCAGAGAAAGCACCCUUCGAUUUCUCCUGGGUGGAUGCCCCAAUGAAGGGAAAGCUGGAAGCCGUCGAAGAGCCGCAUGGCAAUGCCAACUUUGAAUUCCUUCUGGGGUUCCUGGCAUCUUUCGCAAAAGAGCUGCCUACGCAGAAAGCCGUGCUGAUGAAGCUGAGCGAAAACUAUCCGUUGGUGAAGAAAGCUGAGGAGAAGAUGAUGAGACAGGCUUGGGCUGAAGAAGAAACGAAGGUUCAAAGAUCUAUGGUGAGCUACGUUCUUCUGCGUGCACGCAAGAGCGAGAAUACGAGGAAGAAUCUUCCGAACCUGGAGAUAUUGAAGGAGAUGGUCAGUAUCGUCGAUUCUGCUCUCGUAGAUUCUAUUCUCUUUCUUGGUUUGGAGGCACGGAAGAAAGAUAAGGAGGCAGAGGAGGAGGAAGAUGCUGGUGUAGGGAGCGAAGGCCAAGAAGAUGUAGAGGAGGAGGAAGCGAUGGAAUCAGACGCAGAAGAAGAGCUAGAAGUAGAAGAGACAGAGGUGGCAAAGGAGCCAGAAGCGGAAAAGGAGGAGGAUGCUAAAUCCGAGAAGGGUUCCAACCAAGCAAAGGAAAGCAAAGACCCAGAGAAAGAAUCGGUAAAGGAGGAGGUUCCGAAAUCCGAGAACAAUUCCAGGGCAGCAGAGGAAAUCGAAGACCCAAAGAAAGAAUCGGUAAAGGAGGAGGUUCCGAAGCCCAAGAACAAUCCCAGGGGAGCAGAGGAAAGCACAGACCCAGAGAAAGAAUCGGUAAAGGUGGAGGUUCCGAAGUCCGAGAACGAUUCCAGGACAACAGAGGAAGGCAAAGACCCGGACCCUGAAGAGAAAGUGAAGGCCUCAGGCUCCAAAGAUCCGCAGACAGAUGGCACGAAGGAAUCCCUCGAGUGCUUCAAGAAGGAAGCCGAGCAGGAAGCCAAGAAAGGCGCUUUGGAUGAAGCCGACAAGGUUCAAAAAGGCAAUGGUGUGUUCGAGGCUGCUGCUUUCUUGGCAACGUUGAAUAUGGAAGCGCAGAAGAUUGGUUUGGCUGGACCUGAUGCUGCGAAUAUCAUCAAGGCUCAGCAAGCGACCAGAGCGAUGCUUCGACGUGCGAACAACAACCAUGAGCCAGAAGGAUUGCCCGAGGAUCCGGAAGCUUCUGCAGACGAGGAUAAAGACCCUGCGCGAGCAAAACAGAAAGGGAGAGGCAAAGGAAAACCCAAGGGCAAAGCUAAGGCCAAGGCAAAAGCGAAGGGAAAAUCGAAAGCAAAAGCGAAACCGAAAGCAAAGGCCAGAGUAGACUCUUCAUCUGACAAGGAGGAGGACUCAGAGGAGUCAUGCGAGAAGGACAAAAAGCCGAAAAAGCGCGGCAGGACCCAUGAGAAGAGCCGUCGGGAGGAGAGCCCCGAAGUUCCAGCAAAAAACUCCAAAGCAAAGACAGAGAAGAAGGCCCGCCCCGGCAGCUCCAAGCCAGCCCGGAAGCGGGAACCCAGCCGCAGCCCCAACCCGGAGUCGAUGUGGGAUUCGGCUUCGGAGACGGAGCCACUCAAGAAUAAGAAGUUGAAGCCUCUGAAAAGAAGCAAGUCAGAAGAACGGGCGAUGCGAUCAACAAGCGAAGACGAGGAUGAAAAGAAAGCGCCAACAGCAGAUGAAGGGGACGAAGAUGAGGAGGAAGAAGACGAGGACCCUUCGAUUCCUACGAUUUAUCCUACUGUGUCUCCGAGGGGCACGGGGAAGCUGCUGUCCGAGGACCAACGUCGCCAAAAGAUUCAACUGAUGACCAUUCUGAAGAAGCAUGAGAAGCAGUUCAUUCUCCCGCCUGAGAGCAUUCUGAACAAGGGCUCCUCCUUCACGCUGCGACCGCCUAAAGCGGGCACUCAUGAGGACCACAAUGAGUGUUCCAAAAUCCAGGUGAUCAUUGCUGGGCAGUUCUACGUCAAAGGUGUGGACGAAGAUCUGCUGGCGGAGGUGAACAGCUUGUACGACACAGGCUACAAGGUACAAGCACGCCCGCAUGUUGGCGGGAUGGAUUCCUCCGAGCUGAAGCCGAAAGCGGCAAUGACGACCGACGAGCUCUGGAAGCAUGCCAACCUUGGCAAGCUGAGAUCGUUUCUGCGAGCUCAGGUGAAGGAUGGAUCUCGAAUCCAAGUUCGCGCAGAUGGCAACCCCAACCAAGGUCUCAAGCACAGGGGCAACAGCCCAAGGACAGAAUCCCGCGGUGAAGGCGAGAAGCAGAAGGAACUGACGAAAAAGGAACAGAAGAAGGCAGAGGAGCUCAGGAAGCGGAAAUUGAUCAAACGCAUGGGGGAGAAGGCCAAGAACAAUUCCGAGAUGAAUUCCAUCCUGUUCGAAGCUUGGGAGAAGUGCAACGGAGACUGGAAAACAUCCAGUAUUUAUCUCAACCUAAAGAACAUCAAGAGCACGAGGCGGACCGGUGUGCGGGUGUGGAUGACACGUGCCGAAGUUGUCGCGAAGUUUGGUGAGACCUCCGCAGACGCCAUUAUUCUUCGCAAAUUGGGGGACGAGAAGCUCAAGAACAGCGAGGUGCGACGGCACCCGGAGUUGCCGGAGUCGGACGAGUUGGUACAGUACUUGAUCUUGGAUACCUCCAAGUUCGUUGAGCAGGAGGAGGAAAUCAUGGAGCAGCUGUACUCAGCCGCCGAGGUUGACUCGUCCUCCUCGGAAUCUUCUGAUUCCUCCGCAUCCACGAAGAAAGCCAAGAAGGACAAAGCCGUAGAUGAGGUGUUGGAGGAACUGAAAAAAAAGCAGGAGGAAGACAAGAAGCUGGUCAUCAAUAAAGCUGGCAAGAAGAUUCAAGAUCUCAAGACUGCUGAAGAAGACUGUGCCAACUUGGGCACGAACGUUCGCGAAGCCGCAGAGAAAGACCUGAAGGAAUCCGCUGAUAGCCUCAAAGCCAAUCGUGGAAAUUUGCAAGAUGCAGUGGACAAGAAGGUGGGGUUCUUCCAGGCAAUUUUCACAGCCACGAUGUCCUUGUCCAGAACCUGGAAUUUCCCAGACACAAUCAUCAAGAAGAGCCUCUUGCAUCUUUUGAAGUUCGAGGACAAGAUCAAACUGAAGGAGGAAGUUGGGGACAGCGAUAAAGAUGUGUGGUCGACCACGAAUGCCCUUCGUUUGUCAGCUGCCUUUCGAGCAUCAAAGAGCAACCAGAGCGCCAUCCGACCAGAAAGCAGCGAAGAGGAGCCGGAGGAUAUGCAGAAUGAUGAUGAUAAGGAGGAUGACAAUGAGCAGAAUGAUGCUGAGCAGGAGGAUGAGCAAAAGGAAGCUGCCCAAUCCGCGGUGGCCAACGACUUCUUCCUGAGUGCUCUGGACAACAUGUUGGCUGGAGAGGACCCUGCCGCGAGUACGUCCUUCAGCUACGCCUCGCCGACGCCUGGGCCGCCACGGCGAGCCCCAGCAAUCCGCAUGCGAACUCCUGGCGAGAUCGCUGAGAACGAGAAGAAGGACGCCGAGAACGAGAAGAAGGACGCCGAGAACGAGAAGAAGGACGCCGAGAACGAGAAGAGCCAGCCGACGACGAAGCAGAACAAGGGCACCGAGAACGAGAAGGAACAGCCGAAGACGAAGCAGAAGAAGGACACCGAGAACGAGAAGGAACAGCCGAAGACGAAGCAGAAGAAGGACGCCGCCGAGAACGAGAAGGAACAGCCGAAAACGAAGAAGCCGAAGAAGGACGCCGAGAACGAGAAGGAACAGCCGCAGCCGCAGACGAAGAAGCCGAAGAAGGACGUUGAGAACGAGCCGCAGGUGAAGGACGCCGAGGACAAGAAGGAGGACCCCGCGACGAAGAACACCGAGAACGAGAAGAAGCAGACGAAGCCGAAGAAGCAGAACAAGGACCGCGAGAACGAGAAGGAACAGCCGCACACCAAGAAGCCGAAGAAGGACACCGAGAACGAGAAGGAACAGCCGCAGACGAAGAAGCAGAAGAAGGACCCCGAGAACGACAAGGGACAGCCGAACACGAAGAAGCAGAAGAAGGGCCCCGAGAAGGAGCAGCCGACCGAGGACGCCGAGGACGCCGAGAACGACACGGAGCAGCCGCAGAAGAACAAGCCGGAGAAGAAGACGAAGCCGAUCCAGGACAUGGACCUAGGAGUCGUACGUGUACGCUACACGACCCAAGGGUCGAAGAACCCGAUCGUGAAGCUUGAGGUUCGUGAGGACAGAUUCCGGCCAACAAGCCCCUGGGUGCAGCGGUUGCAGGUGGUGAUCAGAAACGACGGCGGCUUCACAGUGCAGCAGGGCUUCAACGUUUUGAAAACCUUUGCACUGUGUUAUUUUCAGAUGAACCUCAACCCAGGAGAAAUAAAUUUCAAGCUGUGUAAGUCCAGUUUGCUAGAGCAUGCUUUGGAGAUCGGGCAUGACUGGGCAAUGCAUCUGUCUUGGAAGUACAUCAACAAGCUGAAGCUGAAGGGCUUUCCUGAGGCGCCCUUGGCUCCGGACGACAAGGAGAAGGAAGAGGAGGGCGAGAACAACAAGGACAGGGACAGCGAGAAUGACGAGAACGAGGAGGAUGAGGAGGAAGAAGACGAAAACGAGGACCUAGACAAUGAAGGCUCCUUGUUCUCACGCGAUGUUCAGAACUUCACCCGCUUGAAUCUAAUGGUACUGUUUCUGUAA